CCCGGGCCACGGUCCAGGCGAGGACACUGCCCCGGGAGCGGAGUGGGCUGUCCCGCUCGGGGACACUCGCCGUGGGCAGGGCCGCCCCUCGCUGCGCCCCAGUCCCUGGGAGUCCAGGCGCCCCCGCGCUGAAGGAAGGCCGCGCCAGGAGGCACCAUGCCCCAGACCGUGGUCCUCCCGGGCCCCGCGCCCUGGGGCUUCAGACUCUCCGGGGGCAUAGACUUCAACCAGCCUUUGGUCAUCACCAGGAUUACUCCAGGAAGCAAGGCGGCAGCUGCCAACCUGUGUCCUGGAGAUGUCAUCCUGGCUAUUGAUGGCUUUGGUACAGAGUCCAUGACUCACGCUGAUGCACAGGACAGGAUUAAAGCAGCAGCACACCAGCUGUGUCUCAAAGUUGACAGGGCAGACACUCGCUUAUGGUCUCCACAGGUAACUGAAGAUGGGAAGGGUCAUCCUUUCAAAAUCAACUUAGAAUCAGAACCACAGGAGGUGAACUACUUUGAACACAAGCACAAUAUUCGGCCCAAACCUUUCAUAAUCCCAGGCCGAACCAGUGGAUGCAGUACUCCGUCCGGUAUUGACGGUGGCAGUGGACGUAGCACCCCUUCUUCUGUCAGUACUCUUAGUACUAUUUGCCCAGGUGACUUGAAAGUUGCUGCUAAGAUGGCCCCUAACAUUCCUUUGGAAAUGGAACUUCCUGGUGUGAAGAUUGUACAUGCCCAGUUUAAUACACCUAUGCAGUUGUACUCAGAUGACAAUAUUAUGGAAACACUUCAGGGUCAGGUUUCAACAGCGCUAGGGGAAGCACCCUCAAUGAGUGAACCCGUCGCCUCGGUGCCCCCCCAGUCGGACGUGUACCGGAUGCUCCACGACAAUCGGGAUGAACCUACUCAGCCUCGCCAGUCAGGCUCCUUCAGAGUGCUCCAGGAACUAGUUAACGAUGAUGACCGUCCUGCUGGAACUCGGAGUGUGAGGGCUCCAGUUACAAAGGUCCACGGUGGUGCUGGCAGCACACAAAAGAUGCCACUCUGUGACAAAUGUGGGAGUGGCAUUGUGGGUGCCGUUGUGAAGGCGCGGGAUAAGUACCGGCAUCCGGAGUGCUUCGUGUGUGCAGACUGUAACCUCAACCUCAAACAGAAGGGCUACUUCUUCGUGGAGGGGGAGCUGUACUGCGAAACUCACGCCCGAGCCCGCAUGAGGCCCCCAGAGGGCUACGACACAGUCACCCUUUAUCCCAGGGCUUAAGUCUCACGCAGACGGGAGCACGCAUGCGCUCACCCACGCGCCCUUACACGGGGGGACAUUAAUGGCUUUGAGCACCAGUAUAGCAAACUGUUGACACCAACCCUAAAACCAAGGCUUUUAGACGUUUAUCUUAUUGUGUUCUGAGGAAAAGGAAUAGGAGGCAAAUGCCUGCUGUCACAGAAACGUACAUUCAG